CUAUAUACUGAUCAGCUGGUUAUAAGGUAAUAGGAACCGAUUUUUAAAGAACAAUAGCCCCGAGGAACAAUAGAGGACCUUGCUCAAGGACACCGGCCAUUUUGACCAGAGUGAAAAUAUGACGGAAGAAAGCUUCAACAAAGCACCUGGAUCGGAGUUCUCCAAAAGCCGAUCAACUAUCGUUACUAUGAGCAACGUUAAAGUUGCCUCACCUGCACUGACAUCCUCUGGCGCUUCGGUUCCACUUCCGGAACGGAUGCACAACCCGACGGUUGGCAUCAAUCAAGACUACCCCUACACGAUCCUGCAAUAUGGUCAUCUGCUUCCUACGUUGGUUCAACCGGGGUUUUCGAUGUUUCAUCCACCACCACCGCCCGUUCCGGUUACCAUUCCGGUGUUCUACCAACCCGUCAACGGGAACCUUCCUCAGCCGCAACCGUUCGAAACCAACAUGUUCUACCGAUGUGUGCCCCAACUUCCUGGAAGUGGAGAUGUUUUUGGGCAGAAGAUUAGCUGGGCCAAAUGCAAUGCAAAAAUUGUUCCAAGUAAGGUGAAACAUAAGGACCCGGUCGUCGAUUUCAGCAAGUCGGACGCUCCGAGCGGGCCAAUCAGCGAUGCUCCUCUCAGUCCCGCAAUCGCACCAGUGACAUCGGAUCGAAAAAGAGAAGUUGCAUUUGGCUGUACCGGAGUCGUUGUGGGCCAGGAGAAGUUGAUGACUCUGACGGAGAUGGCUAUGCAGGGCUGCGAACUUGCUGAGCAGUUGGCUAACAAUCAUCACAAGCGACCUUGUUUCAAGAAGAUUGACAGUCUUUGCGCACGUAUGAAACAGGAUUUGAUCCGACCGGACAGCGUUUUGGCGAACAUCAAUUCCCAGGGAAUUGCGUGGGCCGUAAAGGAUUUCAUCUUCGUCUUCACGCGGAUCAUCAACGCUUGGAUCAUCAUAAAGGGUUACGUGUAUAAUACGCCGGAAGGAUUAGAGCGCGUGCAGAAAGUGAUGAGCCCGGACUUUUUGGAUCAUUUUCUCAAAUGGCAGGAUUCGACGAUUGAUUUCGUUGAUAGUUUGAUCAAGUCAUUCACGAGCCUGGACCAAAUGGUGCAAACCCAGCGCGCUAGCUGUGCUCAGAAGGAAUCCUCUCCGAAGGUUGGCACAGCUCGUCAGUCGAAAACCGACGAAGAGAAGGAACGAAACAUUCAGGAAUUGUACGAAUACUUAAAGGACAUGAUACCAAAUUUGGCGGAGACCAAGGCAAACUCGUCGUCGGAUAACGCAAGUAGUAGCGAUUUAUCGGACCGCAGUAGCGUUGCUUAUGACAAUACUAAAAGCUAUCUCUGCCCGGUCGUUAACAAUUCGGAACAGACACAGAUGAAGCACAGCGAAAAUGGAACCUACUUCAAGACUGGGAUUUACGAACCCGUCAGAAAACCACCGGGUUUCGACGCCUCAACUUCGGUUACGUGUUCCAAGAAAAUUCCAUUUCCGCUGGUCGAUUCCAAUGCCGUACCUUUUGCAACGUCCACACCGAAGAUCUUGAAGAAUCCCAUUUCGCACAAUCGGCCUGAUGUGCUUGGAUCGCUUGUCAGUUCGAAUGAGUACGAUGGAGAAUCCACGAAUACCGCCGGUCAGACGACUACGGAAGUUGCUCUGUCGUCGCAGUUGCAGAUGGAUUUCUUCAACGAUGCCAUCAUCAGACAGAGCUUCGAUAGUGAAACCGUGGCAAAGAUCCACUUUCUGCUGCAGAAGGUGUUCAGCGUGAAUGAAGCAAAGUACUUUCUGGUGGCGCAGUUUACCAAGAAUUAUUUUCCCGACUUUCACACGAUCAAUCCAAACUUCAAAGACUUGCGAGCGAUCAUUUCGAAGGCCCAGAUCGGUGGCUAUCAGACCAUUUCGGGAAUCGUGUACGACCUACGUCAGAUUGUCCGAGCCGCCCGUCGCUAUCUAGAACAAAAAUCAAGCUCCCUGCUGGAGGAGACGGCAGACGAGUUUGAGCGCAGUCUUGAGGACAUUCUCUGUGAUAAAAUUUUCGAUUGUUACGAUUUCAACCGUCUGCCCGGAUCAACGUCCCCGACGGCCACCGUCAGUAGCCAGAGCAGCACCAGCGCCACAACCGCAUGCUCUGCGGAGUUUUAAUGUGCCGUUCCUUUGUUUGUUGUGAUUUUAAUUUAUCAAACCUCCAUCAUGGCCGAUGCCACCCAUUGAAGCAUCAAACCAAAGUAACAUUUUAAGUAGUAUUUAGAUCUGAUGGUAUGCAAAGCAGCCAGCAGCAAGAAUUGUUGCCGGAAGGUAUCAGUAAAUUUGCCAUCUGUUCUGCACCAAAAUCAAAGUAAGAAUAUCCUUAUCCUAACCGCCAGAUUCAAAUUAUGCUAGGAAAAUCAAAAUCAUUGCAAUCAGCUAUAAAUUUUUACGAACCAUAACGAUGUGAUAUGAAGGGAGAUGGUAGCAAAGUUUUCAAAGCAUUCGAUAAAGUGAAACAAAUUAAUAACAUGAUAAAAAUUGCACAGUUUGCAAUUUUUGCUGAGAAAAGUUUUGAUUUCGGAUGGCGAUCGCUCCAAAUUAAUAGUAUAGUGUUUAUGCAGAAACUAAGAAUUUUACCAUGUGUUAGUUGCUUUUAUAUUGUUAGUAGGAUUAAUUGAUUAAAUUGUAAUUUUAACAUUCAGACUAUGGAACAAAUUAUGAAAUGUAGAUUUAAAAAUGUUCAAAA